AAAGCCAAGUAAGUCUUUAUUCAAAUUCUGAAUAUCUCUAUAUAAUAAAAAAACACAUAUACCAAUGACUUGGAAGGACAACUUAUCAAAAGCUCUUGUUUCUUAUCCUAAGCCAGACAUUAAGUUUGCGUAUGGAACUGCUGGAUUCCGUACUAAGGCUGACAUUUUAGAUUAUGUUAACUUUACAGUAGGAAUUUUGGCAUCCAUUCGUUCUGCUUACCUUGAUGGUAAAACUGUCGGAGUGAUGGUUACUGCAUCCCAUAACCCUCCUCCUGACAAUGGUGUUAAGGUUGUUGAUCCAUCUGGAAAUAUGCUUGAGCUGCUGUGGGAAUCCUACGCUACCACGUUGGCCAAUUCUACCCAUGAAGAAUUGAUCUCAAACAUUGAAAAAUUGGUUCAACAACUUGGUUUAGACACUGGAAAGCUUGAUUCAUACGCAGCCCGUGUUGUCUUGGCCCGUGACUCUAGAGAUUCAAGUCCUCGUUUGUCUCAAGCAUCCAUCGAUGGGUUAAGUGUAUUCCCUCUGACCACCUAUCAAGAUUAUGGAUUAUUCACUACUCCACAAUUGCAUUACGUCACUAGAACUCUGAAUGAUGCUGCCUUUGGAAAACCUACUGCUGAAGGUUAUUAUGAAAAAAUGUCAUUGGCUUUCCAUAAGAUUUUCGAAUUAUCUGGGGGUGACUCCAACAAGAUUGACAUCACUGUAGAUGCCGCAAAUGGUGUUGGAGCUCCAAAGGCCGAGGAACUCUUUGACAAAUACUUGUCCGACAACAUUGCCUAUCAAUUAGUUAAUGCUGAAUAUUCCAAGCCAGAAUUAUUGAAUUGGGAUUGUGGUGCUGAUUUCGUAAAGACCAAUCAAAAAUUACCUAACAACGUUUCUAACCCAGAAAAGAAUAAAUUGUACGCAUCCUUCGAUGGAGAUGCUGAUCGUUUAAUAUUAUACUAUGUGAACUCUAACAAUGAAUUUAGACUUUUAGAUGGUGAUAAGAUUUCAACUUUGAUUGCAUUGUUUUUCCAAAGAUUAUUCCAAAACCUUCAAGGUCUUGAUUUAAACAUUGGUGUUGUUCAAACUGCUUAUGCAAACGGAUCUUCCACUCAAUACGUUGAAGAUGUUCUUAAACUCCCAGUUCGUUGUACUCCUACUGGUGUCAAACACUUGCACCAUGAAGCCACCAACUUUGACAUUGGUGUUUAUUUUGAAGCCAAUGGUCACGGUACUGUUGUUUUCUCACCAGAGGCUGAAUCUAAGAUUUUCAACCAUGUUGCUGCAAACAAGGAGGAAGAAAAGGCUUUACAAAUCUUGCAAGAAUUUACCAAAUUAAUCAAUCAAACUGUUGGAGAUGCUAUUUCCGAUUUACUUGCCAUUUUAGUUGUGGUCAAUUAUCUUAAGUAUUCUCCAGAAGACUGGGACAAGUCUUACAGUGACUUACCAAACCGUUUGAUCAAGGUUAUUGUUCCAGAUAGAUCCAUUUUCAAGACUACAAACGCUGAAAGAACUUUGGUCGAACCUCAAGGUCUUCAAGGAAAAAUUGACGCUUUAGUCGAGAAGUUUCCUAAGGGUAGAUCAUUUGUCAGAGCUUCUGGUACUGAAGAUGCCGUCAGAGUUUAUGCCGAGGCUGAUACUCCAGAAAAUGCUGAGGAAUUAUCCAGAUUGGUUGGAGAAUUAGUUAAAUAGAACAAUAGAUGAAAUGGAAUGAAUUACAUGUAACAUAAAGAAAACCGAUAACUUGUCCCCACGGGGACCAAUUUAGAAGUAUUAAUAAUGUUUUAUUCUAAUC